AUGAUCGUGUUAUUGGUUACACUGCUUUAUCUCCAUCGAGGAUAUACACUUAUCCCGAUAACUUCAGUUCAACUUGGUGAAACUGUAACCUUCACAUGUGAUCUGCGUAAGAAUUCACAGUUCAGCCGUAGAGAAGCUGACUGGUACAAGCAGAGUACUGGGGACACUCUUAAAUUAAUAUGGACACUGAAGGAAUCUGCUCAACCUGAGUUUUCUGCUGGGUUUAAUCAAUCAAGAUUGAAGGUUAAUUACAAUGAAAAUUUCACCAACCUGACCAUUUUGAGGGCAAACCAAGAGGACGAGGGAAUCUACCACUGUGGAAUCACCGAGUGGUUCAAGAAUACUGAAUGGAGUGGCUCAUAUUUGUUAGUCAAAGGACGCACUCAAAGGACAUCAGACUAUACUGUUGUUCAGUCACCACUGAUAACAGUCCAACCAGGAAACUCGGUGACUUUUCAGUGCUCAGUCUUCUCUGACUCUGACAAAAAGACAUGUCCCGGAGAUCUCACCGUGCUCUGGUUCAGAGCUGGAUCACAUAAAAGUUAUCCAAAAUUAAUCUACACUGACAGAAACAAAAGUAAAGAAUGUGAUAAAAGAGCUGACCCCCAGAAGAGCUGCAAUUAUACUUUUUCUAAAAUCGUCAGCUCGUCUGAUGAAGGGACUUACUACUGUGCUGUGGCCACGUGUUGGGAAUUAUUCUUUGGAAAUGGAACUAAACUUCAAAUAGGUAGUCACACUGUCAUGACGUUCUGA